AUGUGGGAAAGAGCUGCAACAUCUUUUUGGCGUUUCGGUAAAAGAUUCAAGAAUUCUGGGAAGGGAAUUGAUAGGAAAAAUCGCAAAAAUGAAGGAGGCACUGAAACUACACAGCACAUAGAAAAUAAAUCAGCAGAAGGCACCGCGCUUCGGUCUCAGUCGUUUACAUCGAGUUUAUCCUCUGCAACGCAUGUUUCAUAUCUCUCAUCGAUUCUUUCUUCACUGUGGCCUUCUGAUGGGACGAGGGAAGUAGAAAAAGUUGACAUGAAAACACAGCGUAUAAAAACAGUUAGUAUAUCGAAAUCGGCACUUUUCGACCAGACGAGAUUACUUGUGUCAAGCUUACUUUACGCCGAAACAGAUGGCUCUGUGAUGUUGAGAACACGAGAAUUGUGUAAACAUUAUAUGGAAUAUCCUGAGGCCCGCGCUGCUGGGUUCCAGUUACAUGAUGCUAUUAUCAAGAAGUUGAAACUUCUUCUGCCACGCACUAAUGAUGAAACGCUAAAAGAACACAUUCGGCAGUUUUUGCAUCUCGUGGGUGAUGUUAGCAUUCCGCGUGGGAAUGGUAUUCGAGUGUUGUCACUUGAUGGCGGUGGUACGCGAGGUGUAUUAGGCCUUGAUGUCGUCGAAGUGUUCGACUUGAUCGUGGGCGUAAGUACUGGAGCUAUUAUUGGUACAUUACUUGCUGCUAAGAGGUUACCAGUUGAGAAAUGUAAGGAAGUAUAUAUUGAGAUCUCAAAGGAGCUUUUUAGCCAGGGCAAAUUUUCGGGAAUGAGCGGUCUUCUUCUUUCUCAUGCCUACUACAAUACUGAGAAGUGGAAGGAGAUCCUGAAAAGUGUUAUCGGCGAGGACACAUUGCUAGAAAUAUGCGGACGCUGGGGAACUCCCAUGCUCAGUAUAGUAUCGUGUACCGUGAAUACGCCAACUCUGCAACCAUAUAUUUUUCGUACUUAUGGACAUCCCAGUGGAAGUGAGAGCCAUUACCGUGGAGGGUGUAAUCAUAAAGCUUGGGAGGCUCUGCAAGCUUCAGCUGCCGCUCCAGGUUAUUUUCAGGAAGUUUCACUUGGGCCAAUACUGUAUCAAGACGGUGGCGUACUUACUAAUAAUCCCACAGCGCUAGCGGUUCAUGAGGCACGCAUGCUUUGGCCACAUGAACGAAUACAAUGUGUUGUUUCUGUUGGCAAUGGAAAAACCAUUUCAGAAGUCGAAAUGAAUGACGUGAAGCUGUCUACACGUCUUCAAGAAAAAAUCUUACGGAUUAUUGAUUCUGCGACGGACACUGAACUUGUCGACCUUUGCAUGCGUGAUACUUUAUCAAAAGGAUCAUAUAUGCGUUUUAAUCCCUACACCAGCUAUCCAUAUUCUCUGGAUGAAAUCGAUCCGAAGAAAUUGGAACAAAUGAGUCAAGAUGCACAACUGUAUAUUUCACGAAACCAGACAAAGUUUGAGGCUACAGCAAAGAUUCUCUUGGCUAAACCAUCACUGAAACAGCGCUUUAUCCGAAACUGGAACAAGUUAAUAAUCCAGUGA